AUUGGUGGAUAGAGCCUUGACACAUUCUAACACCUACAGCCUUCUUAUUGGUGGAUAGAGACUUGACACAUCCUGUCACCAGCUGUGGGCCACAGACAGAGAACAGAGAAGUACAGGAUUUAGACACAUUAGACCAACUACUGAGUCAGUUAGAAAGGUAAUCAUACAGUAGAUAUUACCAUUAGGAGUCAGUUAGAAAGGUAAUCAUACAGUAAGUUAAUACAGCAAGUAAAAGUAACUUAGAAUCAUAGAUUUUACAAUAAGAGGUCAGACAGACUUAAUUAGUUGAUUUAUCGAUUGAUUGGUUUAAUCAUUGAUAUUCGGUACGGUUAGUUAAGAUGGCCGAGUACGUCAACAAACAGGUGAUUGAAUUGAAUGAAGUUACUGAAGAAAACCGGAACAGAUUAACGAAGAGCGUGAAGACUGAGACCCAUCUCUCAGAUGGAAGAACAGGAGUCUACAGGCUGGCUGCUGGGUGUUUAGGAGUGCUGUGUGUUCUACAAGUCACUCUCAACAUCUCCCUGAGGCUGGCUUUCUCCGGUUCUAACGAAGAGAGGAACCAGUUAGAGGCCUGUUACAACACCCUGGCUACAGAAAGGGACAGGUUGAGUGGCAUGGUCAGUGUUCUGACCUAUGAUAAGGUGAUUCUGCAGAAGAGGCUCUCUGGGUGUGGUACUGGAAGAGGGGUGGAAGGGAGAUACAUGGCAGUCCCAACGAUGAGGACUGUGUUAAAGUGUCCUAAAGGAUGGAGGAUGUUGGGAUCCAGCUGCUACUUCCUUUCUACUGAGAUGAAAACCUGGCAGGAGAGCAGACUGGACUGUUUUGAGAGAGGAGCAGACCUGGUGAUCAUAAACAGUGAAGAGGAAAAGAAGUUGUUGUACCAGCUGCAUGGUGAUGCAGAUCUCCUGGUCUGGAUUGGUCUGACUGACUCCGUUAAUGAGGGGACCUGGAAAUGGGUGGACGGCACACCACUGACCACAUCGUACUGGAAGAGUGGUAAGCCGGACUAUGGUGGUACCAACAACAAGGAUUGUGUCGAGGUCUACCAUCGGGACAACGUUUUGGCCAACUGGAACGAUGCACCCUGCAACCGCAUGCUGCACUGGAUCUGUGAGAAAUUACAGAAAUAGCUACAUAUAGCUCAAAGUUUAGGGUCACUUAGAAAUGUCCUUUUUUUAUAGAAAAUAAAAUGUUUUGUCUAUUAAAAUGAAAUCAAAUUGAUCAAUAAUACAGUGUAGACAUUGUUAAUGUUGUAAAUGACUAAUGUAGCUGGAAACGGCAGAUUUCUUAUGUAAUAUCUACAGUCGUGGCCAAAAGUUUUGAGUAUGACACAAAUAUUAAUUUCCAUAAAGUGUGCUGCUUCAGUGUCUUUAUAUAUUGUUGUCAGAUGUUACUAUGGAAUACUGAAGUAUAAUCACAAGCAUUUCAUAAGUGUCAAAGGCUUUUAUUGAAAAUUACAUGAAGUUGAUGCAAAGAGUCAAUAUUGGCAGUGUCGACCCUUCUUAUUCAAGACCUCUGCAAUCCGCCGUGGCAUGCUGUCAAUUAACUUCUGGGCCGCAUCCUAACUGAUGGUAGCCCAUUCUUGCAUAAUCAAUGCUUGGAGUUUGUCAGAAUUUGUGGGGUUUUGUUUGUCCACCCGCCUCUUGAGGAUUGACCACAAGUUCUCAAUGGGAUUAAGGUCUGGGGAGUUUCCUGGCCAUGGACCCAAAUUAUUGAUUUUUUGUUCCUCGAGCCACUUUGUUAUCACUUUUGCCUUAUGGCAAGGUGCUCCAUCAUGCUGGAAAAGGCAUUGUUCGUCACCAAUCUGUUCCUGGAUGGUUGGGAGAAGUUGCUCUCAGAGGAUUUGUUGGUAACAUUCUUUAUUCAUGGCUGCGUUCUUAUGCAAAAUUGUGAGUGAACUCACUCCCUUGGCUGAGAAGCAACCCCACAAAUGAAUGGUGUCAGGAUGCUUUACUGUUGGCAUGACACAGGACUGAUGGUAGGGCUCACCUUGUCUUCUCCGGACAAGCUUUUUUCCAGAUGACCCAAACUAUAGGAAGUCCAGCAAACCCAGAGUCACCUCUUCACUGUUGACAUUGAGACUGGUGUUUUGCGGGUACUAUUUAAUGAAGCUGCCAGUUGAGGACUUGUGUGGUGUCUGUUUCUCAAACUAGACACUCUAAUGUACUUGUCCUCUUGCUCAGUUGUGCACUGGGGCCUCCCACUCCUCAUUCUAUUCUAGUUAGAACCAGUUUGCACUGUUCUGUGCUUUUCUUUCAAAAACAAUGACAUUUCUAAAUGACCCCAAACAUUUGAACGGUAGUGUACAUAUAGGUCAAAUCCACAUCUUGUUUAAAUGUGUUUAUUAUUUCAUUACCUACAAAUGUUUGAUGUACAUUAACAUUUUCCUUAAGAUUGUGAAAUUAACUGUGAGUACAUUUACAUGGUACCUGACAUUAUCUUUCUUGCUUUCACCUGUAGUUAAUUUGUGGCAAUAGAUUAUUGGCAGCCUUUAGAAUCAGUCACAAUACUUUAUCAGUUUCAGCUUUGUCCUUUUCCCUCUAAACAGUUUAUUAAUUAAGUAUUACUUCUAUGAAAUUAUGAAAUGGAAUGAAAUGGCAUUGCUUCUAUGAAAUAAAAAAUAUGAGGAUA